CCUACCUCUUUUGACAUGUGGGAAUGUCUAAGUCAGCAAGAAGUGUAUACUUGCCCCCUUAGACCCUCAACAGUACCUAAAGGUCAUCUGCCUUGAAGACUGGCUGCAGAAGUCCUGAAGGUUGAUGGAGGGCCAUGCUAUUCAAACAGCAGGCAUGGCUGAGACAGAAGCUCCUGGUGCUGGGAAGCCUUGCCGUUGGGAGUCUCCUGUAUCUAGUCGCCAGAGUUGGGAGCUUGGAUAGGCUACAACCCAUUUGCCCCAUCGAAGGCCGGUUCGGAGCCCGUGGUCAGGCUGAAUUCCCCCUGCGCGCCCUGCAGUUUAAGCGUGGCUUGCUGCACGAGUUUCGGAAGGGCAACUCUUCCAAGGAGCAGGUACGCCUUCAUGACCUGGUCCAGCAGCUCCCCAAGGCCAUUAUCAUCGGGGUGAGGAAAGGAGGCACCAGGGCCCUGCUUGAGAUGCUGAACCUCCAUCCGGCAGUGGUCAAAGCCUCUCAAGAAAUCCACUUUUUUGACAAUGAUGAGAAUUAUGCCAAGGGUAUUGAGUGGUAUAGGAAAAAGAUGCCUUUUUCCUACCCUCAGCAAAUCACAAUUGAAAAGAGCCCAGCAUAUUUUAUCACGGAGGAAGUUCCAGAAAGGAUUUACAAAAUGAACUCGUCUAUCAAGUUGUUGAUCAUUGUCAGGGAGCCAACCACAAGAGCUAUUUCUGAUUACACUCAGGUGCUAGAGGGGAAGGAGAGGAAGAAUAAAACCUAUUACAAGUUUGAGAAGCUGGCUAUAGACCCUAAUACCUGUGAAGUGAACACAAAGUACAAGGCAGUAAGAACCAGCGUCUACACCAAACAUCUGGAACGGUGGUUGAAGUACUUUCCAAUUGAGCAAUUUCACAUCGUCGAUGGAGAUCGCCUCAUCACGGAACCCCUGCCAGAACUUCAACUGGUGGAGAAGUUCCUAAAUCUUCCCCCGAGGAUAAGUCAAUACAAUUUGUAUUUCAAUGCUACCAGAGGGUUUUACUGCUUGCGAUUUAACAUUAUCUUUAAUAAGUGCCUGGCGGGCAGCAAGGGGCGCAUUCAUCCAGAGGUGGACCCCUCUGUCAUUACCAAAUUGCGCAAAUUCUUUCACCCUUUCAAUCAAAAAUUUUACCAGAUCACUGGGAGGACAUUGAACUGGCCCUAAAAUAAUGUCAUACAACACUAUGUGUUGUGCCUGGGGACACACAAUGUCUCGUCUGGAUUAAAAUAUGCACUUUUCCUAUAGACACAACUGUCCAAGUCAUUUUUCCAUGUAUACUUGUACAUACGCAGUGUGUGACCAAAUAUAAGAUCAGCUCUUUUUCUACUGAAAAUUUACAAAAACAAAAACAAAAAACAAACCAAUUUGCUGUCUACAUAGUUGCAUCUUUUAUGCUAUUUACAAAAAGAAGAGGUGGUGGUACUGGGGGAAAGUGACUUCAGCUAUUCUCAAAGAGUUAGUCUUCCUUUGAGUCAGAAUUUGUCGCCUGCCAUUUUCAUAGAUUUAAGCCAAAAGAUUAACAUGUGAAAAUGUACCAAUGGCUGUGAAGUUUCAGGAAGUAGAGGAUUCGGUUAUGCAUUCUUUUCUAAGGGAAAGCUGACUCUUUAAUUCAGAUGCUGAAUUGAUGCCAUGAAAACAGAAAAUACUAUUUUCUUAUUAUUUAAAAAAAUGUCUUAUCUCAUAAAAUUGACAUCGUUCCAAAGUUCCUGUGGUGAUUUUGCACUAUCGUUUUCUCAUAUGGACCAUGGUGUCACUUGUAGCAUGUCAGUCACACAUCGGAAAGUCAAGUCCUUUUACUUCCGUGUUCUAUGUCAACAAAGAGAAAUGUCCUGUACAUAGUGUAUAUAGUUGUAAAUACUGGUUUCACACUAAUUCUAUUUUGUAAACUGAAUAUGGCUAUUUAAUUUAUUGUGAACAUUAAAUUUAUUGUGGUAUUUAAAAAAUGGAAUGGAUUAAAAUUACUCUAUGUGCAAUUUUUUUUUUACUCAUUUUGUUUUAUGUGCCCCUUGCUGGCUCCCAAAGUCAAAGCUGUUUAUGUGCACAUGAGAGCACUUGGAAAGAUGCACUUCUCCGUUGGAUUUCUGUACCCUUGUGAUAUGAAGCAAGGUUGGAUAUAUUUUUUAAAAAUAUCUCAACCAUCUGGAAAUCUAGUAUAACAGCCACCUCAAAGAGCACUUGUGCUUCUCUGCUACAACCUUGUAACAAUUAACUUACUUGCAGUUGCUCCUGGUGCUAGGAGACAGACAAGAAAUACUUUAAUAUAAUCAAGGCAUAGAAGAAUCACAGUUUUAUACGAACCUCUAAUCAAAGUCAGACCAAUAGAGAAAUUAAAUAAGAUUAGAAAAUUUGUGUAGCCUCUGUACUGAAAGCUGCUGAUGCUUCCGCAAACUCUCAGAACUCCCUCUUUGAGAUGAAACUACAUCAGCCUGCUCAGGAAUGAUCAAAUUACGGAGUGUUGCUAUUACUAACAUAAACAUAUGGCUCAGAUUUCCAUCCAGAGAAAUUAAUGCUAAAUUGGGUGCUUGCUAACAUCAGAUAGCCUGUACUGUUCUGCAUUUAUAGAUGCUUAAAUAUAGUUUGGAAAACCUUGGAAAGAGGUAUCAACAGAAAAAAUAAUAAUAAUAAUAAGAUGGAUUUUUCACAAUCAUGGUUGCUUAUCCAGUGGAAGAUGUUUAAGCGAGUUUUGUUCACAUUGAGAGUGCCUAGCAAAUAACAGUGGAUUCCCUUUUGAUUGUACUAAGUGUUGAUUUUCUCCAUGAGUUGUUCAUCCUGUCCAGUGAUUGAUGGUGAACUUUUCUAAAUAAAUAGCCCUUUGCCCUUCAUUGUCGGUA